AGCGUGCCUGAGUCUACCUGGUACUGGUUGCCGAAGUGGCAUAUGAAGGUAUUUACCUGUUCUACACGCAUUCUUAUAGCAGGAUGAACGUCCGUGUGUAGGCUUAUUGCGUUUGUGGAAUACUUGUUGAUGAUGGCUACUUUGAACUCCUCAGAUGAGGAUGAGUGCGAGUUCACUGCACGACGUACGAUGGACUGCGAUACCGCUGACGGCCCAGUGAGACCCUCACACCUCACCACAGACGCUAACCGUAGAGAUUCUUUUACCGAGAAAACUUUGUGUACACGUUUUGCUACAGACAACAUCGAUCGACAGUCUCUGGCAGACAAAUCCAAAAGACAUUCCGUUGCAGACGACAGCAAAAUACAUUCGGUUAACGAGGUCAGCGAAAUGCAUUCAGUUGCAGACGACAUCGAAAGUUAUUCUGUUGCAGACGACAGCGAGAGACAUUCAGUUGCACUGACCGACAGCAAAAUACAUUCUGUUGUAGACGACAGCGAAAGACAUUCUGUUGCAGACGACAGCGAAAGACAUUCGGUGGCAGUCGACAUCGAAAGUUAUUCUAUGGCAAACGUCAUCGAAAGACAGUCGGUUGCACGCGAUAUCGAAAGACAUUAUGUAGCUGACGGCACUGAAAGACAUUCUGUGGAGGACGAUAUCGAAGCGGGCUCUGCCACAGAUGUUACUCGUCGUUCUUCUUCAAAUGAAUCAGAAACAGAAACAAAAGACGAGCGAACAAAUGAUAACGUUACACACACCAAAGGAACAAGAAAAACUGACGACGGUGAACCCCAGGCGGCAUGGAGUCAAGAAGAAAUUCAAGCUCUGCUUGUCAAGGCAAUAAACUUCCGAGCGCCACUGAAAGACAUACGUACAGUUAUUCAAUGUGGUGCUGAUGUUAAUAGGCCAAUUACAAGUGGACUUCACCCGAUUCAUUACGCAGCCUACGCAGACGACGUUGCCUGUGUCGAACUUCUACUAAAGUCUGGAGCUAAUGUUAAUGCUACAGAUGAAAUAGGGUACACGCCUUUACAUUUGGCCGCGCGUAGAGGUAAUCAGAGGACACUAAGCAAGCUAAUAGAAAAUGGUGCUAUUAUAAACUUCAACGAGCCAGGAGUUGUAAUUCACAACACUGAGGAGAAAAAUAAACUUGGCUUUACAACUACUGAGCCAAUAAACCUUGCUAUUCAAAAUGGGAAUGUGAAAUGCGCGGAAUUGCUUCUGGACAAUGGCGCGCGUGUCAACAACAAGUAUUUCAUGGGCUAUGAAAUUUCGCUGGCACCACUGGACGAUGUUGAUUGUUUAGAGGUUCUCCUGAAACACGGAGCUGAUCCAAAUGUUUUCAACAGAUGUGGGUUAUCGCCUUUGAUGAAAGCUUGCAAAGACCACCACAUCGAUGCGGUAAGACUCUUAGUGAAACAUGGCACAGACGUUAACGCGCAGUGCCCGCCACUGUUCGAACCAAAGUCCCCUCUACAGUUUGCAAUAGCGAGCGGAAAUAUUGUGAUCGUUAACAUUCUCCUUGGACGCGGUUCUAAGAUCGUUAGGUACGGAGAGUACAAAUACAGCGCGCUACACUCAGCUGUCCUUAAAGGGCGCGCGGACAUCUGUCGUGUGCUUUUACAGUACGGUGCAGACGUGAAUGAACGGACUGAAGAAGGGGCAACCGCUUUGAUGCUCGCCUGCUGUACUCUCGAAAUGAAGGAGCGCGCUGAGAUUGUGAAAAUGUUGAUAGACGCCGGAGCAGACGUCAACGCGCAUGCUCCGUGUUACAGUUACUUUGAUCCGUAUCUUGCUCCUAUUACGGAGUAUUUCAAGAACAUAGGGAAUUCCGAGGACUUUAGUAUUAUAAAAAUGCUUUUGUGUAACGGAGCCAAGGUCCAUUUCUGUUCCAGUGAGAUUGAAAGCAGUCGGAGAAGGGACCCCUUUUCGAUUCUACCUUAUUGCCACUGUCUUAGCGGCCAUUACGACACUUUCUUCUACGUAUUGGAUGCCGCUGCGAAAUUCAACCCUAUGGCGGUUUACGUUAGCCCCAACAUCUCGGAAAGCAUGAAAGACCAGCUGUUAUUGGCUGGUUCCCGGGUUCUAAACCUGAAGCAUUUGACCCGCCUCACAAUACACGCCAGAUUGGGGACCGGUAUUCCGGACAAGGUCAUGAAACUCCCUCUGCCAGAGAUUAUUAAGAGUUAUCUUCUGUACAAAUAAGGCACACUUCUUCGUGUUGUAACCCCUCUUAAUACGCGGUAUUUAAUGGGAUUUUAAGUAGGUAGUACAUAGGAGACACGAGGCUGGUUUGCGGUACGCAGAAACUCAUUUGUUUUGACAUUCAUGAUUCGGUACGGAGUCCCCCGAUAUAUCGCUUGUUAUUUGUUACGCGGGAUUCGGAUUGAAAUAAAGGAGUAUUCGAAACGCAAGGGCGAAAGGGGUUAUUCCCUCUGAUAUCUGAUAAAUAUACUGUUUCAUUGUACGAAUUAUGUCCGUAAGGUUAGUGGGUAAAUUAAAUUAAAACACACUUAAUUGUAUCGCACAUUUGACAUAAAUGUCACCGUAUUAUAUACUUAGUAGUUCAUUAUUAGAAAGAUUGCAAAGUUUCAUGACAUCAAAUAGUAAAAUGAAUUUAAGCAGUUAUGAUUUGCUUCAGCUUAAAGUGUUCACGAUAUGGUCGGUUUCUUAUCCAUUGUUUUUGUAACAUCAUCUGUGAUCAACUUAUCCUCAUAUGGUCAUUUCGGUGAGUUCAGAGUCUCUUUAGUUUCAAAAUUGUAUUUAGCUUCGGAUUUGUUAGUUACAACCAAUACGCGUGUACGAUGCUCUUAACAUUCAUAACAUGGUGUGCUUCUCGGACAUUAAAACUAAACAGUA